CUUCUGAGUUCUGACGGCAACUAAUGUUAGAUUUUCCUGUACACGGGAGUCAAAAGAUAGGAUGGUCUUCCGUCUAAAACUGCAUCGCCUUCUUCUAUCUCCUUCCAGUUAUCCAAUCUCACUCGCCUUCCACCCAGCACCUCUUUGUCAGCUUGGUUAAGAGCGAAACCGAUUGCUCAAAAAAGAAAGAAAAAGGCCAAACACUCCCUUAUGGAUUCUGGAUUUUUUUAUUCGGAUACGUUGAGUCCAGGGUUUGUAGGCUUGGACUUGUCCAUGGAGAAACCGAUAUCCACCGCGUCGAUUGCAGAUCCGGAUAGGUUGAAUCUAUGGUUUGGGACAUGGAUUUGUCCCUUCCAUUGGCUAAUUGGUUUGUUUGUUAAUCAUGACAUGGAUUGCAGAUCCGAAUAUGUUCAAUCUAUGGAUUGCAGGCCUGGAUUUCUAUGAGGUUGGUUUUAGCGAGUUGCAAUUUCCCUGGGUUGCUUACCUCAGAUCACCUGAAAUUAACCCUAACAUGACUGGAUAUAAAUUGCUCAAACCAUCUCAAACGUAAACCCUAUCUUCUCUCUGGGUGGCGAAGAGAACGAGGAGAAGGAAAAUGCAGUAAAGCUCUGGUGGCCAUCAGCUGAUUUGCUUGGUACUGCAUUCUUCGAAACCACUCUUUUGUGGCUGGACCGAUUUUCUGUUGAAACCACCUGCUCGUCUUCAGCAAACAUUUGGUACGUAAAUUUUCUAGGACCUCAGCAAUUAUGCAGACCUGAAUUUUGAGCAUGUGCGCUUCUCCAGUUCUGUUUGUACCAAGCUUCUCAUGACUCUUUAAGAGCUCGUCUAGCCUUGCGAAUUUAAUGUAUUCCUGAUAGUAAUUCACAAAGACAAUUGCAGUAAUACUUAACCAGUUUAGUGCUGCUUAGAACCAUCCCACGUCCAAACCUAAAAGAAAUUUACAAUUUUACAAUUUUCAACACUACUUAUGUAUCUCAAACUACACAAUCCAUCACAGGGUGAUUUGAAAAGCCAUUUUUGGAUUUUCUAUAUUGAAUAUAAAUUGAAUCUUCAAGUCUUUUUGACGCUUAGUGAACCGAAUAUUUUACUGGUGCUAAUAAGCUUGUUUAUGCACGAUUUAUGGAUUUCUUGCUCCUUUUAGCAACCUUGAAAGUUGAAAUUGUCUGUUCUUUGAUUCUAUUUAUGGAUGUUAGCCUGCUAUUUCUUCUUUUAUCCUGGAUUUGGUUGUAAUGAGCUUAGGUUAAUUUUCAUUUAUUUCCUUCCCUUUUGCUUUUGGUGCUUGACGAAUGAUUGUACUUCUUUGUGCCUUACGUUUGGCCUGUGGAGUGAAGUGUUGAUGUGCUGUGCUGUUGAUUAUUAGUGAAUCAAACAAUUUGCUGGUGCAAAUAAGCUUGGUUAUGUGUGAUUUUUGGAUUUCCUGUUAUUUUAGUGUCUUUGGAAAUUGCCCAUUGUGCAUCAAUCAAUGUGGCAAUUCCUCGUGCAUAAUUAAGGGAGCGCUUGAAAGCCAUUCCUUGAUUCUAUUAUUGGACAUUGACCUGCCAUUUCUUCUUUUAUCCCUUGAUGUGGUUGUUUAGUUUAGGUUAAUAUAAUUUAUUUCCAUCCUUUUUGGUCUUGAUACUUGAAGAAUGAUUUGUCUUCUUUCCUGUGUUAGGCUUGGAGUGAAGUUGCUCUAGAUGUUUUUAAUCAGUCUUGCCUUUUGGUAUCUCUUGGCUUUUGCCUUUUGGUGUGCAUAUAUGUAUUUAUAUGCUUUCAAAAGAACGUGGAUUGCCUUUUGCAGUAUGAAUACAUGGGAUUCGGUUAUAACUGCAGAAUUUAUGUGAAUUUGUUACUUUGCUUUAUUAUUGUUAUUUUAUUUAUGGGUCCAAUUCUUCUUCGAACUCCUCCGCCUUUCUGGGAAAUGCCACGUGCUCCUUUGCCUAAGGCCACUGAUGUGGUUGGUCUGCUUACAAAAAUGAAGCUAGAGAUUGUGCAAUCGGGAAAGAUACCUAAGAAUCAGGCAUUGCUAGUGUAUAACCGUAAUUUGAAGACUGAAGAAGAGGCCAGAAAAGAGGAUGAUGCUAAUUUGAAGGAUGCUGAAGCUGCCAAAUUUGCCGAGGACCCAGUGGAGGAGUUCAAAGCUGCAGCUCGACGGGAAAUUACAAGGGACAAAAUGCUUAAACUUUUGGUAGCGGUUGGAAUCUUGGAGUCGACCUCAAGUGCUGUUGCUGGGGUUCGGGUAGCUAUUCAAAAAGGGCCUGUGGAAGGUCCAGUUGAAUUGACCAACAAACUUCUUGGAUAUUCGAAACGGAAUAGGUCAUUGGAGCAAAGGAAAAGGGUCAAGCAGAUUGUAGCAGUCAGGGAGUACCUCCAGGAACUUGUUAAGAACCAAGCUGCUAAGAAGAGUGGUGGUCCACAUGUUGUUCGGGCCAGGGGCGGCGAAUAAAGUGAACAGAAUGAGAAUGAGAGAGAAAAAGAAAAAGGGAGUGGGAAUGAGAGAGAGUGAGAGUGAGAAUGGUGGUAGCACUAGUGGGAAUGGGACCUGGAAUGAUAGUUUGUUUGGCUCGGAUCUCUGGUAAAGGAAAGAGGAACGAGGAUGCAUCUUUAAUAUUUCAGAUUGUGUUAUUUUUGUUAAAGUUCCCUAAAACCUGGCAAGUACUUUAAUUCCCCUACGUUGAAAUUUCUGUGUUAGCAUGCGACUGGCUUGUUCGGACAGCUCAUGGUAUCCAACUCGUUAAUGUCUCUCUAUACCCUGCAGUUUGCGUUACUGAAGUUAAUAUAUUUUUAUUCACCUCGUUACAAGUCUUAAGU